AUGGACAAAGGCAAGUGGGUAGCUGACUCAGUGAGACAGGCUAAACGACCCCCAGUAAAAAUCCCUGCUGUCGACACUUCUGCAAGAAUAGAAGAGCACAAACUCACCCUCAUAGGGAGAGUCACAAACCCCUCAGUCCAAAAAACCAUAGCCCUAGUAGACUUCUUCCUCCAACAUUGGCGUGUGGCGGGAUCUAUCACCGGAAGGGCCUUGGGACCACACCUGUUUCAGUUUAAGUUCGAAACUGAACAGGACCUUCAAGCUAUCCUCUCAGGCACGCCAUAUCACUUCAAGAGAUGGAUUUUGAUCCUCCAGAGAUGGGAGCCUAUAGUCUCUGACUUCUUUCCGGCACUAAUACCCUUCUGGAUAACGAUACAUGGAAAUUCUUUACACUACUGGUCUGAUGCUGCUAUAGAAGCAAUUGGAGAUGAACUGGGACCAGUGGAGGAUUUCGAUGUAGACAGAGGAAGAAUCAGAGUACUUGUUAAUGGUUUGAAGCCCCUGGAAAUGUUCCUAGACAUAAGUCUAGCGGGGGAAAUUAAGCAAGUGGAGCUGGAAUACUAA